AAAAACCCGAAGAAAGAAUUAAAAAAGGAGCAACGUCUCUGCAAAAGAACAACACUCCAACCAGAAGAGAGAGGGAGAGAGAAAGUUGACUUUUUCUUUACUGUUACUGAAACACUCUUCGUUCUCUCUUUCUUCUUCAUUCUUGAAACUCCUUUGUUGAAGGCAACGGAAACACCAAAAGAAACCCAUUUGUUUUGGUGUGUUUGAAAGAAAGAAAGAAAGAGAGAAAGAAGAAAAGGGGAUGAUGUUGGGUUGUGAGUGUUUCUGUUGGGAUUGUAUUCCUAACUACGAUGAUUUCUCUGAGCCACACCCUUUCUCUCUCCCUUCACCUCUUCCACACUGGCCACAAGGUAAUGGUUUUGCCGGUGGAAGAAUAUGGCUCGGAGAAAUCGAAGUUUUGCAAAUAACCAAGUUUGAGAGGAUUUGGAGAUGCACUCAGUUGGCUGGAAAAGCGCAGCCAUUCACCUUCUACAGACCUUUGGAGAUUCCAGACGGCUUCUUCUCCCUUGGCCACUACUGCCAAUCGAAUGGCCAGCCACUGAGAGGAUAUGUGCUUGUGGCGCGUGAAAUGACUUGUGAAUCCGAAUCUCCAGCUCUUAAGAAGCCUCUUGACUACACUCUAGUGUGGAGUUCGGAUUCACAUGACGAAUGUGCUUACUUCUGGUUGCCGAACCCUCCAACGGGUUAUAAGGCCAUGGGAGUUGUAGUUACUAGCACGCCAAAAGAACCGGAAGUUGAACAAGUUAGAUGUGUGCGAACAGAUCUAACGGAACCUUGUGAGACUUCUAAUCUAUUGGUAACUAUCAAGUCCAAAUCUUCAAAGGAUCCAUUGCAGAUUUGGAACAUACAGCCCUGUGACAGAGGUAUGCUCUGUAAAGGUGUAUCUGUUGGAACAUUUGUUUGCGGCGCUUAUUUUGAUUCUGAGGAAGUCGUGGAAAAUAUUGGUUGCUUGAAGAAUCUCGACUCUACCUUGCACGCAAUGCCAAAUCUGAACCAGAUUCAUGCGCUUAUCGAGCAUUAUGGACCUACUAUGUACUUCCAUCCUGAUGAGACAUACAUGCCAUCAUCAGUGCAGUGGUUUUUCAAGAACGGAGCGCUUCUGUAUUCGGCCAUUGGCAAGAAGGGUAGCGCCAUAGAUUAUCAGGGCUCGAAUUUGCCUAGUGGAGGAACAAAUGAUGGUGCAUUUUGGAUUGAUUUGCCUAGCGAUAAUGAUGCAAAGAAUUAUCUAAAGAAGGGUGACAUAGAGAGUUCAGAACUCUAUGUUCAUGUAAAGCCAGCAUUGGGAGGUUCCUUUACAGAUAUUGCAAUGUGGGUGUUUUGCCCCUUCAAUGGUCCUGCCACCCUCAAAGUUGCAUUGAUGAACAUCGAGAUGAGCAAGAUUGGUGAACAUGUGAGUGAUUGGGAGCACUUCACCCUCAGAAUAAACAACUUCACUGGGGAGCUGUGGUCUGUGUUCUUCUCUCAGCAUAGCGGAGGCGAAUGGUUGGAUGCUUCUGAUCUUGAGUUUAUCAAGGACAACAAACCAAUCGUUUACUCUUCAAAACACGGCCACGCUAGCUACCCUCAUCCUGGUACUUACCUUCAGGGAUCAUCCAAGCUUGGAAUAGGUGUGCGUAACGACGCAGCUAGAAGCGAAUUCGUAGUGGAUUCCAGCACAAGGUAUCAGAUUGUUGCGGCCGAGUAUCUUGGCAAUGGAGCCGUGAAUGAACCGUGCUGGUUGCAGUACAUGAGAGAGUGGGGUCCUUCGAUCGUGUACGAUGGGAGAUCGGAAAUAGAGAAGCUAAUAGAUAUGCUUCCAAUGUUUGUUAGAUUUUCUGUGGAGAACUUGAUUGAUUUGUUUCCAACAGAGCUAUAUGGUGAGGAGGGUCCAACUGGUCCAAAGGAGAAGGAAAAUUGGCUAGGUGAUGAAUAUUGCUAGUCCUGCAUUAAUCACACCAUCUUUGGUAUAUUUAAUGUGUGCUCGAUGAACAUUUACAAUCACUCAUUCAUUAUUUUUCUAUAAUUUUAAAGUACUAUAAAUGAAAAUAAGUGGGUGUAAAUGUUCAAAACUUGCAUUACAUGUGGUAUUUGUCCUGCUACUAGCCGUUGUCCCUAAAUACUUUUUUUUUUAAAAGAAAAUAGCUCAACACAACAUCGUGGAGAAUGCUUUUCCACUCGUUGUUACUAUCUCCAUUGCACAUUAUUUGUCAAUUUGGAAAUUCGAUAAACCAUAAUUCAAUGUAUCCGGAUACAAAAUGUUUUCCGAUACAUAGGUUAUGACUUAUGAGUGUUCUGAAUUUAUUAUAGUGACAUAUUUUAGAACGGUUGGAGUAAUUGAAAAAGAAUCCAACUUGUGAGAUAGUAUCUGUUAAUAAAUAGUAUGUAUUAGGUGUUAUUUUGGGAAGUUGGCAAGGUGAAGAAGAUCAAGAAAUCAUCAUUGGUUAAUGAUUGUAAAGGAGGUGUACCUCAGAUAGGGGCAAUUUAUGUCAACUUCUUGGUGGAGUGAAAAUGCUAUAGUUGUAACUUGUUUGUGAAA